UUGAAUUUUAAUUAAAAUCCUUGUAAAAUAUUUGAAAAAAUCAAUUAAAUUGAAUAAAUUUAAUAAAUUUCACUUAAAUUUCAUCAAAAUUUCAAAAAUUUCGGUCAAAAUUCAUCCCAAAAAGCCGCAAAAAUGGAUUUCUUGGAACUCGGCAAACUCUUGUUGAUCACAGAAAGCCAAGUCGAAACCUGCGAAAAGGAUUUAUUGCUCAUGAAAGACUCCACAAAUGCUGAAAAAUUGAAUUCACUGCUCCAACAAAUGGAAACUUGCCGAAACACAACAAGUGUCUACUCAAAACUUGUCAAAAACAUUUUUGAUCGGAUUUUUGCCAAAAUCAACACCGUCGAGAAGGCUUUGAAGGCGCGUUUGGAACAAGAAGCUCCCAAAGAGAUACCAAUGGACGACAAUAUUCUCAUCGAUGUCAGUGACUCGGGCGAUGAGAUCCUGAAUCCGUUCAUUUUGGAGCUUGUGGAAGAUCCUCGUUUGGAAAAACCGAAGGAACUGGGUUUAUUUGACGUGACUUUGGAAAUAAUUCCAUGGUAUCGACUCACAAAUGAGAUCCAAAGUCCAUCUCCGAGCGGUUCGAUGCAAGAAGUGAGCGAAUUGACCCCUGAAAAGAUUGAAACUUCAACCCCGAAUCGAAUUUUGAAAGAUCCUCGACUCAAUCCGGCGAUCAAAAGUUUCAUUUAUGCAUCGCCGAUGCCAAAAAAUGAUCAAAAUGGAUCGAAAAAUGGAAGUUUUGAAGAAUUUGGAGGAAAUUCGUGCUUUUUUGCGAGGAAAAAGUCAAAGUCAACGAACGAAAUUACAAAAAAUAAUCAAUCUGAGGCUCAAAAAGAUGAAAAUUUGGAAAAAUUUAAAGAGCUAGAAGCUUUUUCAAACUCAAAUCUCACAAAAAAUGUCGAAAAUGGUGACAAAACCGACCAAAUAAGCAUCAAAAUAGAAGAUUUCGAGCCCAUGGAAAAUAAUUCUUCAAAGAAAAAUGAAAAAUCUUCCAACGGAAAUUCAAAUUCAGAAGAAAACUUAACUGAAAAUGGAAAUUCUGAUCAAAUCGAUGCCAAAAAUGAAGAUUUAGAACUUAAACAGGACCCAGAAGACAACAUCCCGCUCUCGUACUUUCAAAAAAUAUCAAAACGUGAGCUCGAUUCGUUAAAAUUCGACGAAACUUCCCUCUUUUUCGCAUCCAAACGUGCCAAACGAGCCAUCAAGCAACCAAAACGCUUCGAAACAGCCUCUCACGCCAUCCAAAAGAUGAAAAAAUGUUCCGUUGUCCUCACUCGAUGUGAUCUCUCAACUCGCAAAUCGCUCUAAAAUUUGAAUUUAUGUAAUUUUUCUCUUAAAAAAAUACAUUUUUGA